AUGAGCAAGCAUACCAACUUUGUGCACCACAAGAUGGGCAGUUAUGAUGCAAAAGGGCUGAAGAACUUCUGGGAAAAAGUCAUCCAUGAGCAAACUAAGCAACGAGAAGUUGAAGAGUCUAGGUUAAGCAAAAGCUCCCUGAACAAACUUCGCCACGAAUGGACUCUGCGCUUGGAGGGCCGAGCAAAGCAGACACAGGUGCACGCGAAAACGGAGGAGACACAAAUGACGCUGCCGCCCAUCGAGGCUCUUUCCUCGCCAGAUAAAACUGUUGCUUAA